AUGGGUCGGGGGUGGCACAUUGAAGACGACGGCUACCCGUUCCAUUCGGAACUUCUAUGGCUCGAGGGAUCUAGAAUCUCGGUCGAUGCUUUGACAAACCAGACGCUGGGGCCAGAUUCAGGCAGCUUUCGGUUCGGUUCCGGUGAAGUUUGUCCGCUGCGGGAAGUCAUAGCAAAGAACAAACAACACUAUCUCGCUAAUCUGGAGCUAAAUUCUGGUAUGAAGCCAUUUGCCACUCUUGGGUGGUCGGUCUUUGGUGCCAUUCCAACUUUCUCGAUUUGUCUUAAAUUCAUGGUAGGGAAAAUUCAAUCCGGCACUUCUUAA